AUGCAACAUGCCGCCUCAACCACUGAUAAAUCAACACAUGAUAUCGUAGCAAGCGGUGUGGCUCAGUUAUCAACCCAAGCUAUUAGUUCACUACCAGAUUUACGUAAUUUAAAACGUACAGUUCGUCGUAUUCGCCAACGUGAACAAAAUCCACUGGCUAUUCCAACAAGUCGUGAUACAAUAAUAAUCGAUCCCGAAUAUACAAAAACAAUGCGCUAA